CAAGCGUAUAAAAGGGCCCCCCUGCCCGCUACUUCUCUCCAUCGGGUCUUCUCAGUCCUGUUUCAUCCUCCUCCUCCUCGCCCUCGGGUCUAAUUAGCAGGCGUCCGCCCCCCUUUUGCACUUCAGAGAUGUUCUGCAAGGCCACCCUGUUGACCGUCGCCCUCGCCCUUGUGGCGUCGGCCACCCCCAUUGAGCGGGAGACCACCGGGAUCCGCAUCCCCCUGGGCAAGCGCGCCUCGCUCACCAAGGCGGACGGCACCUUCGAUCAUGAGGCGGCCAUCCGGCAGUCCGUCAUCACGAAGAACAAGCACCGCCAGAACCUGAUCAACCUGCAGAAGAACGUGGGCCUCAAGCCUGGCCAGGAGAUCAAGCCCGUCGCCGUGCUCCCGAACUCGACCGCCGCGGCGCUCGAGAAGAGGCAGAAGGAGGCGCUCACCGACGAGGAAGACGACUUGGAGUGGGCCGGCACGAUCUCCAUCGGCACGCCCGGCCAGAAGUUCCUCAUCGACUUUGACACCGGCUCGUCCGACCUCUGGGUGCCCUCCUCCUCGUGCUCCUCCUCCGCGUGCUCGUCCAAGUCCAAGUACCGCGCCUCGUCCUCGUCGACCUCGUCCCGCAAGAGCGGCACCUUCGAGAUCGAGUACGGCGACGGCUCGACCGUCUCCGGGCCCGUGUACACGGACAGCGUGAGCGUCGCGGGCGUGAGCGUGACGAAACAGUAUUUCUCUCCCGUGACGACGCUCUCCUCGUCUUUCUCCGACGACCCGAUCGACGGCAUCCUCGGGCUCGCCUUCCCGGCCAUCUCGAACCUCGGCGAGAACCCGUUCUUCAACACCGCGUACCAGGAGGGCGCGGUCUCGUCCGACGUCUUUGCGUUCAAGCUCGCGAGCUCCGGCUCGGAGCUGUACCUCGGCGGCACGGACUCGUCGCUCUACUCUGGAUCGAUUGAGUACCACUCCGUCGACACGAGCACGGGCUUCUGGCAGGCGACGGGCGCAAAGGCGCUCGUCGGCGGGAGCACCGCGGUCAGCGGGUUCGAGACGAUCAUCGACUCGGGCACGACGAUCAUGUACGGUCCGCCGAGCGCCGUCAAGACGUUUUACAGCAAGAUCUCCGGCAGCAAGGUGUACGACUCGAGCGAGGGGUACUACAGCUACCCGUGCAACAGCGCGCCCAGUGUUGCGUUCAGCUGGGGCGGGAAGAGCUGGACGAUCAGCGCUGCCAACUUUAACCUCGGAGAGACGGAGUCGGGAUCUGGGCAGUGCGUCGGUGCGCUCGCGGGCCAGGACCUAGGCCUCGGCAGCAACGUCUGGCUCUUGGGCGACAGCUUCAUGAAGAACGUCUACACCGCGUUCAACUUCGGCACGAACAAGGUCGGAUUCGCGACCCUCGCUUGAGGGCGGUGGCAGCGGUGGUGGAAAAAACGAACUUGGGAUAUCCUGUACUAAGGACUGGUUGACGAUAGCCUUGCGACGUGGACUGUGUUGUCUUGCAUACUGCAUUGCUCUGCUUGUAUUCUUGGUGUAGGUCACGAAAAGAAGAAUUGAACGAUUGGCGCACUUCUGCCGUCUCUGUGCUGCAGCUACAAGCAUGGUAUAAGGGCAUCUCUAGGUCGGGUGUAUAUAUUGUACGUGGAGCUGGAAAUCACGCAAAGAGUCUAGUUU